GAAUAGCGAAAAAGGAUUCUAAACCCUUUCACCAUACUUUGGCCAUACCUGAGAGAUCGCGUAUCCUGAAUGCGGAGUUAUUCCGGGUUCGUUGUUUUUGUGACUUUAUGCACCACACGCCACGAUGAAUCCACGUGAAGUUGAGACGCUGUUCUCUAUUUUGCACAAGGUCGAGGAGCAGAAGAACAAGAGCAGUGCCGCCGCGGUAAAUGAGCUUCGCAAUCUCAACUUCCAACUUUACGCUGCAACUCUGCGAUCAAACGAUGAACGAUUUUCGGCCAGUGUGCUGGAGGAAGGUUUGCAGAAAUAUCAGAAUCUCAUGAUCAAUCCGGAAGGUGUCAAUAAUUAUUGCGACGAUGUGAUUGAGCUGCUCAACAAACAGCCUUCGGAAAUCAUGGAUGAUGACUCCGACCUCACCACCACGGCUCUUGGCGAUCCAUUCAGCUAUGUACGCAGGCCCAGCUGCCAUGGCCGGUACGAGAACUGUCGGUAUGACGAGAUUUCCUCAGACACUUUGUCGCAAAUUAUGACUCCGAGCAACGACGAACCACCGAAUGUUCCGCCGUCACACGACGCAAAGAAGAAUCACGAAACUGUACCGCGGCCCUUCCCACAAAAGGAAUCCGUUGCUGCACCGCCAGUUGCCAAAGCUCAAGUUUCCAUUGAGGACAUAUCAAGGCGUGUGUUUGGCGGAACCACCAGCAGCAGCAACUCGGUGUUUACACCGAAGGUACCCGUAUCGAAACCGGAAACGAAAGCCGUGGCACAACCGGAACCAUCAAAAGCCGGUUCAGAGAGUGGUUUCCGUACGGCUAAGGAUGAGCUUCAAAUUCAAAACAUGAAGAAAUAUGGCACGGCGAAUCCUCCCAAUAAGGCUCCGCUCUUCUCGUACGGUCGUAAAACAUUGGGAGGACGUCGUACGUUGGGCAGUAAAUUUGUUUGCCCCGUACGCCCCGAUAGUGACGGUGAAACGGGCGGUCAACGGCAAUCGGAUGGAAGAUCCGUACGUUCCGGGAACGAACAGUCUUCAGGCGGAGAAAGCCAGGAGGAGGAGAUUAUUGACGAACGAUUGAAAAAUAUCGACCCGAAGAUGGUGGAACUGAUUCGCAGCGAAAUUAUGGACCGUUUUCAGCCACUUUCCUGGGACGACAUUGCCGGGCUCGAGUACGCGAAAACCAUCAUCAAGGAAGCGGUUGUGUGGCCCAUUUUGCGGCCGGAUAUUUUUACCGGACUUCGUAAACCACCGCGUGGUAUCCUGUUGUUCGGGCCACCGGGUACGGGCAAAACGUUAAUUGGCAAGUGUAUCGCUUCCCAGUCGAAAUCGACCUUUUUCAGUAUCAGUGCCUCAUCGUUGACAUCGAAAUGGAUCGGCGAUGGGGAGAAGAUGGUCCGGGCACUGUUUGCGGUGGCCGCCGUUCAUCAGCCGGCGGUCGUGUUCAUCGACGAGAUUGAUUCGCUGCUUUGCCAGCGUUCCGAAACCGAGCACGAAAGCUCACGUCGCCUGAAGACGGAGUUUCUGGUGCAGCUGGAUGGUGCUGCCACGGCAGAGGAUGAACGCAUCCUUAUAGUCGGUGCCACGAACCGACCGCAAGAGUUGGAUGAAGCGGCACGGCGCCGUUUGGUGAAACGAUUGUACAUUCCGCUGCCCGAUCUACCGGCCAGGAUUCAAAUAUUGACCCGGCUACUGCAACAGGAACGUAACUCUAUGACGGUGGAAGAGAUCGAACGGGUUGGCAACCUAACCGAGGGCUUUUCAGGAGCGGAUAUGAAGGUUCUGUGUCACGAAGCCUCGAUGGGUCCGAUCCGCUCGAUACCGUUCGAACAGUUGGGUGAUAUCGCCAAGGACCAGGUGCGACCGAUAUGCCACGAUGACUUUCAGCUUGCCUUGGCGAAGGUGAAAGCGAGUGUAUCGCCCGCUGAUCUGAAUCAGUACGUUGUCUGGGAUCGUACCUACGGUGCUGGGGCAUCCUGAAACAUU